GUAAAAGUUCAUACAGUAGUUCAGUAAUAAAAUUGUUUUUAUCAAAAAUUUUUUUUGAAUCUAUUGUUUUUUGAUAAAAAUCAAAUUACAUAUUUAUUAGAAAUAAGAUGCCUACUUAUCUUGCAGAUUCAGACAGUGAAGAUGAGCUUCCACCAGAUUGGGAAGAAAGGGCUACUGAUGAUGGUUUUGUUUUUUAUGUUAGUCAUUAUGAAAAACGUUCCCAAUGGACGCAUCCAAGAACUGGAAAAUCUAAACGAGUUACCGGAGAUUUACCGAUAGAUUGGGAAAAACAAAUAGAUCAAGAAUCUAAGAAAACGAUUUUUUUUAAUAAGAAAACUAACCAGGUAACAUAUAAUGAUCCAAGAUUAGCUUUUGCUGUUGAAGGCCAUCCAACAAAUAUUAGUGAAGUAAGACAAAGAUAUGAUUCCAGUUCAACCGCAUUACAAGUAUUACAUGGCAAAGAUUUAAACGGAAAAGUUGCUGUUAUAACUGGAGCUAAUGUAGGUAUUGGAUUCCAAACUGCUAGAGCAUUUGCUUUACAUGGCGCAGAUGUAGUAUUUGCUUGUAGAAACCAGCAAAGUGCAGAAGAUGCAAUUUUAAAAAUUUCUGAAGAAAAGCCAUCAGCAGGGCGAAAAUGUCGGUUUGUUAGAUUAGAUUUAUCAUCUCUUAAAUCAGUCAGAAAUUUUGCCCGGGAGUUAAAAGAAACCUUUAGACACGUGAGCUAUUUAAUAUUAAAUGCAGGAGUUUUUGCUUUACCUUAUACUGUUACCGAGGAUGGUUUAGAAGCAACAUUCCAAAUAUGUCAUAUUAGCCAUUACUUUUUAACACAAGAGGUUGAAUCACUUUUGGAUCAUGCAUCACGAGUAAUAGUAGUAUCAUCUGAAUCCCAUAGAUUCGCCAAUUUGCCUACCGAUAAUCUAACUGAACAAAUUUUAUCACCACCACAAAACAAAUAUAAUUGGAUGAUGGCAUAUAAUAAUGUGAAAUUAUGCAAUGUACUUUUUGCUCGAGAAUUAGCAAAGAGAUUACAAAAUCGAUUUAUUUCAGUUUUUGUCUUACAUCCUGGUAAUAUGGUUUCAAGUGAUUUAGCAAGAAAUUGGUGGUUAAUGCGAAUUUUAUUUGCUAUUGUUCGCCCGUUCACAAAAUCUUUAGAACAAGCCUCAAGUACAACUGUAUAUUGCGCAACAGCUACUGAAUUAUUUGGUUUAACUGGAUUAUAUUUUAAUAAUUGCUUUUUCUGUGAACCAAGUAAAUUAGCACAAAACGAUAAUUUAGCAGAACAAUUGUGGACAUUAAGUGAAACAAUUUGUAAUAGAAUUAUAAAUGAAAAAGUUAAUGAAGGCACUUUUUAAUUUUUGAUACUUCUAAUAAUUAUUUAUACAUAUAUGUAUGUACUUUUAUUUGCUUUCAAUAUAUUUUAAAAUAACUUUUGUUAUUUAAAUUCUGGUGUCGUGUACUUUAAUAUUGAAUUAAUAAUUUCUAAGUUUUUCCAACAAU